AUGAGGAAGAAUUUCUUCAUGAAGAGUGGUGAAGAUUUGGAAUGGGCUACCCAGGGCAGUGGAGGAGUCCUCAUCCAUGGAGAGAAGGGGGACAGUGGGAAAGAGAUGAGGGCAAGUAGUUCUUGGAAAUGUGUGCCGUAUGGUUUGCUAGGAGUUCCUAUGCUUCCUGAUAGUGUGGCUCCUACCUGCCAAACCAGAGUAGACAUACUGAAAAACAUCAUGCUACUCUUAAAUAAUUGCUCCAUGAUGAACAGACAAGCAUUUUCUGAAUACACAGUUCUGUAUGUAGCUUGCAGUGUGAAGGCUUUAAGCAAACAGGCAACAAGAGCUUCUUUGACUCACCAUUGUAACAGUCUGGGGGACUCCUUGGGCAAGGAAAAUGAUAUUGCUCUGAUUAUUGAUGGCCAUACACUGAAGUAUGCCCUUUCAUUUGAAGUCAGGCAGAGCUUUCUGGACUUGGCACUCUCCUGUAAAGCAGUCAUUUGUUGCAGCACAGCCAAGUACAGUGUGGUGACUUUUCUACCUCGAUUCCUGUAUGAGCAGAUAAGAAAAGCUGCAAAUGCAUUCUUCCUCUUCAUUGCCUUACUGCAGCAAAUUCCAGAUGUCUCUCCGACAGGAAGAUAUACCACCUUGGUGCCAUUGCUAUUUAUUUUGACAGUUGCUGGCAUCAAAGAAAUCAUAGAAGACUAUAAAAGACAUAAGGCAGACAGUGCAGUGAACAAAAAGAAAACAGUAGUUCUAAGAAAUGGGAUGUGGCAGGACAUUGUGUGGAAAGAGGUAGCAGUAGGCGAUAUUGUGAAGGUCACCAAUGGGCAACAUCUUCCAGCAGACAUGAUCAUUAUAUCUUCCAGUGAACCUCAAGCCAUGUGCUAUAUCGAAACAGCUAAUCUUGAUGGGGAGACGAAUCUUAAAAUACGACAGGGAUUGUCUCAAACUGCUAGUCUCCAGUCAAAAGAAGAAUUGAUGAAAGUAUCUGGAAGGAUAGAAUGCGAAGGACCAAACCGUCAUCUCUAUGACUUCACUGGAACCUUACGCUUAGAUGGUCAAAGCCCAGUUCCAGUUGGUCCAGACCAGAUCUUGCUAAGAGGUGCACAAUUGAGAAACACUCAAUGGGUCUUGGGUAUUGUUGUGUAUACAGGAUUUGAUACGAAACUCAUGCAAAAUUCAACCAAAGCACCUCUGAAGAGAUCAAAUGUGGAGAAAGUAACCAAUAUGCAGAUCCUGGUUUUGUUCUGUAUUCUCCUGGUGAUGGCCCUUGUGAGUUCUGUAGGUGCCUUAUUAUGGAACAGAACACAUGGCGAAGUCGUGUGGUACCUUGGCUCUAACAAAAUGCUGUCUGUCAACUUUGGGUACAAUCUGCUGACAUUUAUUAUCUUGUACAACAACCUUAUUCCAAUCAGUCUUUUAGUGACGUUAGAAGUUGUCAAAUUCACUCAAGCUCUCUUUAUAAAUUGGGACAUGGAUAUGUAUUAUCCUGAAACUGACACACCUGCAAUGGCCAGAACCUCAAAUCUUAAUGAGGAACUUGGGCAGGUAAAAUACCUGUUUUCAGAUAAAACAGGUACUCUAACAUGUAAUAUCAUGAACUUCAAGAAAUGUAGUAUUGCUGGAGUGACAUAUGGUCAUUUUCCGGAGUUGGAAAGAGAACGUUCAUCAGAAGACUUCAGCCAGCUACCUCCUCCUACCAGUGAAUCAUGUGAAUUUGAUGACCCAAGACUACUGCAAAACAUUGAAAAUGACCAUCCGACAGCUGUACACAUACGGGAGUUCCUCACUCUGCUGGCUGUGUGUCACACUGUAGUUCCUGAGAGACAAGGAAAUAAAAUUAUCUACCAGGCCUCUUCUCCAGAUGAAGGGGCUUUAGUGAAAGGAGCAAAAAAGCUUGGCUAUGUCUUCACAGGAAGGACUCCACAUUCAGUUAUCAUUGAUGCGCUGGGAAAAGAAAAAACCUUUGAAAUUCUUAAUGUUCUGGAAUUUUCCAGUAACAGGAAGAGGAUGUCUGUGAUUGUUCGAACUCCAGCAGGAAAACUACGUCUGUACUGCAAAGGAGCUGACAAUGUAAUUUUUGAGAGGCUUUCAAAAGAUUCCCAGUAUAUGGAGCAAACACUGUGCCAUCUUGAGUACUUCGCCACAGAAGGUCUGAGGACUUUGUGCAUCGCUUAUGCUGAUCUGUCAGAAAACUCUUACAGAGAGUGGCUGAAUGUCUAUAAUGAAGCCAGUAUACUUUUGAAAGACAGAACUCAGAAGUUGGAAGAAUGCUAUGAGAUCAUUGAGAAGGAUUUACUUCUUCUUGGAGCCACAGCCAUUGAAGACCGCCUGCAAGCAGGUGUUCCUGAAACAAUAGCCACACUAAUGAAGGCAGAAAUUAAGAUAUGGAUUCUGACAGGAGACAAGCAGGAAACAGCUCUCAACAUAGGGUACUCUUGCAGACUCAUUUCACAGAGCAUGUCUCUCAUCCUGGUCAAUGAAGAUUCCCUAGAUGUAAGACCGGUGUGUUCCCCCACGGGAUACAAGAAGGCGGAUGAUGAGAUGUCCGGAGCCACGUCCUCGGCGGAUCUGGACGAGGCGCCAGCCCGCACCAUUUACGUGAACCAGCCCCAGCAGAGCAAGUUCCGAGACAACUGGGUCAGGUACUUCAUCUUCUUUAUCUACAUCAAUGUUUUAGCUUUCUAA